UUCGUAUUCCUUGGUUAAGUCUCUCAAUACCAUUUCAACCUUUCAGCCGUUGAUAGCGAAUGUAAUAUAGUUUGCCAGUUAAGGUUUUGUACUCGGACUGUGCGCUGCGGCCAUAAGAUAAGCGCUCUCUUAUAAACUUGUGUGACCGUGAAUAGAACAACAACAACAAUAAUAAAGUGCAUUUGAAUUUUUUCAAAUAAAUAAAAAUUUUUGAGUGAAGAAAACAGCACCAAAAAAAACGUGAUAAAGAAAAUCUUUCAUUAUAUUAAAAUGCUGAUAAAGUGAUUUCCGUUGUGCUAAGCAUUGAUGCCUAAAAUAAAAUGAUUUAACCACCAAACAAAUUGAAUUAUAAAGAAAGAUACUUUGAGUGUAUAAAAGAUACAAUACAAAAGUGUACGAAAAAAAAAGUAUCUUUCCGGAAUUGAUUGAAAAGAAUAACAAACUUCUUCAUUUUGUUUAUUGCACGAAAUUUAAUACUUUUUUUUUUGUCUAACCCAAAGAAAUAACAAACAACCGUCGCGAUGUUUGAUGUAUUUGGCUCCGUAAAGGGGCUUUUAAAAAUCGACCAAGUUUGCAUCGAUAACAAUGUCUUUCGCAUGCACUACAAAGCAACCGUGAUCAUUCUAGUCGCUUUCUCACUGCUGGUCACCUCCCGGCAGUACAUCGGUGACCCCAUCGAUUGUAUUGUCGAUGAAAUACCCUUCGGUGUAAUGGAUACUUACUGCUGGAUCUAUUCAACAUUCACCGUACCAGAGCGUCUUACUGGCAUAACUGGUCGCGAUGUCGUCCAACCGGGUGUGGGAAGCCAUGUCGAAGGCGAAGACGAAGUCAAAUACCACAAAUACUAUCAGUGGGUGUGCUUUGUGCUCUUCUUCCAGGCCAUUAUGUUCUAUGUGCCACGUUAUCUAUGGAAGUCAUGGGAAGGUGGUCGUCUUAAGAUGUUGGUCAUGGAUCUCAACUCACCAAUUGUCAAUGAAGAAUGCAAAAAAGACCGCAAAAAGAUUCUUGUCGAUUAUUUCACCGACAAUUUGAACAAUCACAAUUUCUAUGCCUAUCGCUUUUUCACAUGCGAAGCCCUAAACUUUAUCAAUGUUAUUUUACAAAUAUUCUUUGUCGAUUAUUUCCUCGAUGGAGAAUUCUCAACUUACGGCAGUGAUGUACUCAAAUUCACCGAAAUGGAACCUGACCAACGUAUUGACCCAAUGGCUAGAGUCUUUCCGAAAGUCACUAAAUGUACAUUCCACAAAUAUGGUCCAUCUGGAUCGGUGCAGAAGUUUGAUGGACUUUGUGUGCUACCACUUAAUAUUGUCAAUGAGAAAAUCUAUGUCUUCUUAUGGUUCUGGUUUAUCAUUUUGAGUAUUUUGUCGGGUAUUUCAUUGGUUUAUCGUGCUGCUGUAAUAGCUAUGCCAAAAUUACGAUUGUUGCUGUUCCGUGCAAGAUCUCGUCUAUCGCAACAAGAUGAAAUCGAAGCGAUAUCGAAGAAAUGUAACAUCGGUGAUUGGUUCCUGUUGUAUCAACUUGGAAAGAAUAUCGAACCAUUGAUUUAUAGAGAGAUUCUAUCGGACUUAUCGAGUAAAUUUGAAGGAAAGGAGCCACCAGUGUAAAAUUUAACAACAACAAAAAAAAUCAACAAAAAUCUAACGCAAGAAAGAAAAAAAUGAGGAUUUUUUUUUCAUAAUUUUCUAACUUUUUUCAUAUUCAUUCAAAUUUAAUUUUUUUUGUUUGUUCAUUAUAAACUCAAAAAGUAGCAUAAAAAAGAAAAUUUCAAUACAUUCUAUCAAACAAACAUAGAGCGAGAGAGAGAGAGAGGGAAAGAUUGCAUGAAACACAUAGAUACUAACACACACAUAUACACAAAUUGAAGUGUUUUAUACCAAUUGUAUGAUAUUUCUCGAGAGAGAGAGAGUAAUAAAGUAGCGCAGGCUCUACAUUUCUAUUCAGCAAUUCAAAUACAAUUUCCCCUGAAUUACGCUCAAUUUUGUUUAAAAUAUUUUGAUAGCUAUGUGAUAGUAAAAUGAGCGUCUUUUACUAUCACAGUCUCUCUCUCUCUUUCGUUUUUAUUAAAGAUACUCUCAAAACCAACAUGGCCGAUUUUUAUAGAAUAACAAUAAACCUCCAGAGCAGCUAUAACCUUUUCACAUAUACACGCACAUUUUCCAGACCGACCCUUUCUGAGGGUUUAUUAUUUUUUUUUGUCGGCACAAAAGAUGUGCAUCUUGUUCCAUCGCAUGAAAUACCUUUAAUUCUUUCAAUGUGUGUUAAAUUUUGUAUCUUCAUAUAAACACACAUAAAAAUGUAUCUUUCUUUUUUGUUGAAAAAUAAAGGAUAAAAUGAAUGAGGGUAUGAGGGAAAAAAACCAGUUUUACUGGAUUUUUUGAAAAACAUCUCGAAAUAAAUCGACAAGAUAAAGCAUCAAUACAUCUCCUUCCACUCAGCAGCUACCUGUCUUCAGAUUUUUUUUCUUAUUUUUUUUGUAUUAUUUUCAUCUUCUUUGUGGCAUUUCGAAACAGGUAGCUAAAUAGACAAAAAAACAAAAAAAUACUUGGUGGUCAUAUAUUUAAUUGCACGACUGUAGUUUAGAGAUUUUCUUCGAAUUUAUUAAAUGAAUUGUAUUUAUUCUAAAUGGAAUUUAUUUAAGUAAUUAUGUAUAUCAUUCCAAAAUAAUUAGAAAUAUAUAAAAAUAUAUAUAUUUUUUUUUCUUAAAACAUUUUGCCUCCUAACUUGCCUGCCUAAAGGUUUCAUAAUGAAAUUUAAGUAAGAAGGUAAAAAUGCUUCAUGAUAUUCAUAAAUAGUGCAAUUAUCUAUCAAAACAAACAAAAACAUAUCAUCGAUCAAAACAAAAACAAAAAAAAGCAAUGAAAAGACAAAAACAAAGCAAAAUUAUACAAAAAAGACAUUUUUAUCCUAACAAAAA